UUGAGGCUGUCGUAUUUUGACCACAUAAUGAGAAGAUACGGAUCACUAGAAAAGACAAUAAUGCUACAAAAGGUGGAGAGAGGUAGAAAGAGAAAAAGACCACAUGUCAGAUGGUUGGACUCUAUUAAGAGGUCAUGGCCUUGAAUUUGCAGGACCUGAGCAGAGCAGUGGAAGAUAGGGGUGCUUGGAGAUGUCAUCCACCAUGAGUUAGGAUCGACUUGAGGGCAGCUUACAACAACAAAAAAGUCCCAAACUACAUUUUUUCCAAGCUCUGCAAUGCAAGGAUGAGACCCAACAUAAACAACCAGCUCCUCCCAAUAAGAGAUGCCUCUGCCACUGCUGGGAGAGAUCACCUGAUCAAUCAUUCACAGAACAUAAAUACAAGAUCACAUUUUGCAAAAGAGGGAGGUGGUUGUCAUAUUUGUAAGGCUGCUGACGUCUGCUCAGGAACUCUGGAUUGGCAAUUCUUCCAUCACCGGAAGUGACGCUGUCUCCUGGCGUCCGUCGAAGGUCAUGAUGAUGGGAAACAUGUCUGAGACGUGGCUCCAUAAGCUCGACUGGAUGCUGAGAGCCCUGAACCAGACGCUGUACCACUCCGACAUGUGCCCUCAAAGUGCAAAACCCGAGACGGAGGAAGACGAGGAGGAGAAAGAGACCUACGCCUACAUGUACAUCCUUUUCGUCAUGAUCCUCUUUGCCGUGACUGUUGGGAGCUUGAUCCUGGGUUAUACCCGGUCCCGAAAGGAGUUCGACAAACAGAGCGACCCGUACCACGUUUACAUCAAGAACCGGGUAACCAUGAUUUGAGGGACUAGAGCAGAUCAUGAGAGAUGCUGCUGCGGAGACUUUCUUCACAGCAUCCUUUGCCAGAACAAAAUAUCCAUAGUGACUCUGGUUAGACUCUUCUUUAGGAACUGAGGCACACCAGUCUUUGGACGGCUGGAAGGACGUUUUAAGAACCAAAGCGGUGUGGCCAAAGAUUCUGGGUGGUAGGCUAUGGCCUUGGGCUCAAAACAAAAAAGCUGUUGUUUUUUUCAAUAAAAU